AGUACACACAGCCCAGAGCCUCUGCUCAAAGGGAAACAAAAGGGACUGCUCGGUUCCCAUGGCUGUGGCCAGCACCUUCGCACCAGGGCUGAAUGCUCAGAAUCCUCAUUACAUCCCGGGGGUAACAGCAGAGGGGAAGGUUUGAAACCCAGACAGAGAAUUGAGAAAUGCCUGCUCCAAAUAAACACACAGCUGAGUCCAGAAGAGAUCAAGGCUUCAGGGACCUGCUUCUGUCUCUGGAGGGUGGGGCAGGGGUAUUCUAGGGUGAGUGGGUGAGUCCUGUGCUUCAGGUACACGGGACACUGCCCACUACUUCGGUUCAGCAUGGGCCAGACCUAUGGGCAGGUGACGGGUCAGCUACUUCGAGGAGCUCCUGGCCUAGCCUGGCCCCCUGCCCGUCGCAUACUUCUGCCUCCCAUCCGGCCUCCAAGAUCUCCUGAGGUUCCCAGGGGAAGCUUGUCUGUCAGGCGUGGGCACGAAAGGCUCAGCUCCAGCAUGAUCCCUGGGUACACAGGUUUUGUCCCCCAGGCACAGUUCAUCUUUGCCAAGAACUGCAGCCAGGUCUGGGCUGAGGCUCUGAAUGAUUUUGCUCGGUGGCAUGGGAAACAGGGGAGUCAGGAGCUACCAGAGGAGGUAAAAAGAGAAGAUGUGGAGAAAGACCAAGAGCCAAAGCCGGAGCCAGAACUGGAUGUGGAGGAGCCAGAGCGGGGACAGGAGGUUUCCCCCUAUUCCAUGGAUGAGAGAGAUCCUCGCAAGUUCUUCAUGUCAGGCUUCACUGGUUAUGUGCCCCGUGCCCGCUUCCUCUUCGGCUCCAGCUUUCCUGUGCUCACCAACCAAGCCCUGCAGGAAUUUGGACAGAUGUACUCGCAGGGCAGAUCCCGGAAGGGUCUCAAACAUCUCCCCCCACUUUCAGGGACUUACUCUCAAAACCUUGGCCUUUUACCUAACUAUGGGGGCUAUGUGCCAGGGUAUAAAUUCCAGUUUGGCCGUACAUAUGGGCAUCUCACCCAUGAUGCUCUGGGCCUCAGCAACCUCCAGAAGCAGCUUGUGGCAUAGGUACCUGGACUUCAAGUUCUCUCUUCCCUUUUCAUCUAUCCCAGCC